UAGUACUCGUACUACUUCACCAGAAACCACACUCUGUAGCUUCCCCAAAUUUUCAACUCAAACAACUACGCCAAGUUUAUCAUAGCAAGUUUCUGCUGGAAGUUUUCCUACAAGUUUCAGUCGGUUGUGUUGCAAGUGGAGAGACAUGGAGUGGUGUGUGUCAAUGCCUAAAAUUGAACUUCACGCGCAUCUCAAUGGCUCAAUAAGAGACUCCACAUUGCUGGAGCUUGCUAGGGAACUAGGGGAGAAGGGUUCUAUCGUUUUCUCAGAUGUCGAGCAUGUUAUUCUGAAAAGUCUGGCAAUCCUCUUCUGUUAUAAUCAUGUUCAGUUUCAUAUUACUCGACUUUUUUUAAAAUCAUCAAGCGAUCGAGCUCUGAAUGAAGUAUUCAAGAUGUUUGAUUUGAUUCAUAUUAUUACAACAGACCACAAAACUGUUGCUAGGAUAACAAAAGAGGUUAUUGAGGAUUUUGCUGCAGACAAUGUCGUCUAUCUGGAAUUAAGAACGACUCCGAAGAGGAAUGAUUCUAAAGCUAUGAGCAAGCGCUCAUAUGUGGAAGCAGUUCUAGAGGGGAUAAGAUCUGUCAAUUCAGUUGAGGUAGAUCUUUCUGGUGAACUAAAGACAGAUGCUUUUGCGCAUUCUCAUUCCGUGGAUGGUUUACGCAAUGGCAUUGGAAGCAAGAAGAUAUAUGUGAGGCUACUUCUAAGUAUUGACCGUCGUGAGACAACUGAAGCUGCUAUGGAAACUGUGGAGCUUGCGGUGGAACUGAAAGAUUUUGGGGUAGUGGGCAUAGAUCUUUGUGGCAACCCUAAUGUUGGUCAAUGGCUGACGUUUUUACCAGCAUUAGAAUUUGCUAAAAAGCAAGGCCUUCCAAUUACCCUACAUUGUGGAGAGGUACCCAAUCCGGUUGAAAUUCGUGCAAUGCUAGAUUUUCUUCCCAAGAGAAUCGGGCAUGCCUGUUGCCUUGAAGAUGAAGACUGGAAGCUUUUGAAAAGACUUGAAAUUCCAGUGGAGAUUUGUUUGACCUCCAACAUUAAAACUGAAACUAUUGCUUCUGCGGAUGUUCACCACUUUGCUGAUCUAUACAAACCAAACCAUCCUCUGAUUUUGUGCACUGAUGAUACUGGGGUCUUCUCCACCAGUCUAUCUGCUGAGUAUGCCCUUGCCUCAUCUGCCUUUGGUCUUGGAAAGAGGGAGAUGUUUCAGCUUGCGCAAAAAGCCGUAGACUUCAUUUUCGCAAGUGGGAGAGUAAACGAAGAUUUGAAGGCAAUAUUUGCCUCAGCUCACACCAGACUCAACUUGUGGACCAGGUAAGUGGCAAUGCAUGCGUAAUUAUGGCCUGAUUCUAAACUUAAAGAGGGGUGAGAGGUGGUGUGUUGUGCUGAUAUAACCCCUUGCAGUAGCAGCAUUAUCAUUCCAUCCUUGCUGUAAAACGGCAGAUGAUGUAGAUGCUUCUGUGUCCAGCAGAAGUCUCAUGCUCUCCGAUUUAAGUAGAUUUGAAGGCAGGAAGACGAGGAGAUCGACAAGACCAAAAACCAAGGGCUCAAGCUCAAUCGUACACACUUGAUCUUUGAUCAUGAGCGGUGGGAGAGUGCCAUUGGAGGUGGGCACGCGAGGCACCAUGGGAUCACUUGUGAAGAGGGAGAUCGACUACUUCAGAAAAGUCGAAUUGGAGCUUGCUGAGACCAGCUCUCAAGAGAGGCCUUCUAGAUGGGUUGGCUUCAGAUUUUCAAUGUCGAAUUGGAAAAGGAAGAAGAGGAGGAGGAGGAGCAAUGGGAUCUGCUCCGUCGUUGAAGUUGUUCACGGAGACCGUCUGAAUGAUAUUCCUGGUUUUGGUUAUCUGAACCUUAAAGUUGAUUCUCAGAGAUAUGAUGUGUAAUGUUUGGCUUAUAUCUAGAGUAAGUAGCAAGGAUAUGUUCAUCAAUUAUAUACUAUCAGUCAUAUUUUUAAGUUUCAAAUCAUGUUUAGUUCAAAGACAA